AAGAUGCAUAACUCGGAGAUCAGUAAGCGUUUGGGUCAGGACUGGAAACUGUUGACUGAAUCCGAAAAGAGACCCUUCAUUGAUGAGGCAAAGAGGUUGAGAGCUCUUCAUAUGAAAGAGCAUCCAGACUAUAAGUAUCGGCCCAGACGUAAGCCAAAGCCUAUGGUGAAGAAAGACAAUGGCUAUUUGGGAUCAGCGCAGGCAUACAUGAGCUCAUCAAUGAGCUCACCCUUUGAUCCGAUGGCGCGAUUCGCGGCAUUCACGUCAUCGCCGAGUGAUAUACCGGUAAGUGUGACCGGAAUGUCGCUCGAGAGUGAAAAGGCGGCCACCGCUCGAUCAUUCCCGUUGAGUGUUCCGCCACUUUACGCACCGGGAGGUCAUCUCAAUGCGAUGGUCAACACUAUGAAGAUGAGAGGCGCAGAGUUAACGCCGGCGGCACUCAAAGCCAAUAACGACGCGUUCGGCAACUUUUGGUCUUCGCCGUCACUUUACUCCCAAUCGGCCGCCUCUUCAUUACUGUCGUCACUGUCAGCCCAUUCCCAUCUCACUCACCCGCAGGCCACACAUCCUCAUCAGUAUAACAUGCAUCAGAGCCCUUGUGGCACAUACCUGCCGGCGCCCAACUAUCACUUGCCACCCGUUACCUCGCAUUCGGCUACAAACGCACAGUUUAGUGUCGAUCACUUGCGCAACAACCCGUUCACCGCCGCGUAUUUCAUGUCUGGUUUGCCCAAAAUGGACGACCGGAUGGCAAGUUUGGCCAAACUCUCUCCGCCACCCAUUAUAUAA